AUGGUGAUCUUCGGAGCCAUCUUCCUCCUGAUGACCCUCCUCAUCCUCUAUAGCUCCAACAGCGGCAAUGACAUCAGUCCCUUAUACAGUCCCUUCAGGGCGUCCAUGCCUCAUCACGCCAUCAAGGUCACCGACCUCAAGAAAUGGGCGGGGAAGGAGGGCUAUGUUGCUGUCUAUGGAAACAAGGUAACUCGCACUCAGGGUUGGAAUUACAAAGAAAAUCUAUGGAACCUCUAUUUAAUCCAGGAGACCUGGUCAAGAAGGCCACUCCAAUAUAAAACACAUGGGAGCUCAACCAAAAAUACGUAUUUGAAACACCUUUUCAACGUCUUGUGCUCAUAGGGCAGAACAAGCAUGUAAUCAGAACAUGUAGUACACUACAAACAGGUAAGUUUAGUCAUCUAGGGAAAUAUAGUAUUGUUUCUAACAAAGAUAUCUACAUAUAUUUCAGGAUGUUGUGUAUCCCUCAAGAAUUCAUGUGAACAUUACAGUUUUGAAAACAAAGCUUGUCCCCCCCUGGGUAUGGGGUAAAUUGAGCUGUGGGACAGGGAAAUUUAAGCUGCCUAGAAAUUUCAGUACUGAAUUAAGUAUUACCGCUACCAUGUAUAUCUUUAUUUCCCAAACACAAUUCAACACAAUCACAACCACUUUUUUGUUUUUUUAAUAAUUUGAAUCAUUUUUUUAACACAGGCUUAACACGUAACAAACAUUUUGUACUUUUUUAAACGCUUUUAACAUAGGCCCUGUUGUUACCUCAAAUCCCAGUGAUAAUGCCUUGCAUUACACCUGGGUAGAAAACACUUCAAUUUGAUCAACUUGCCAUUGGUUCAACCAUUGGCUCAAUUUACCCCAUGGCCAUUGGCUCAACUUACCCCCAGGCAAACAUUUUGACUAUAUUAGCCCGCACAGUUAAAAGUAUGCACUUGUCAUACUUGAGUAAAAGUAAAGAUACCUUUUAAAAGAAAAUGACUCAAGUAAAAGUGAAAGUCACCCAGUAAAAUACUACUUGAGUAAAAGUCUAAAAGUAUUUGGUUUUAAAUAUACUUAAGUAUCAAAAGUAAAUGUAAUUGCUAAAAUAUACUUAAGUAUCAAAGGUAAAAGUAUAAAUCAUUGCAAAGCUUAUAUUAAGAAACCAGAUGGCACAGAUUUUUUAUUUAUUUAUUUAUGGAUAGCCAGGGGCACACUCCAAUAAUCCAAAAUAAUUUACAAAUGAAGCAUUUGUGUUUAGUGAGUCUGCCAGAUCAAAGGCUGUAGUGAUGACCAUGGAUGUUCUCUUGAUAAGUGUGUGAUUUGGACAAUUUUCCUGUCCUGCUAAGCAUUCAAAAUUUAACAAGUACUUUUGGGUGUCAGGGAAAAUGUAUGGAGUAAGAAGUACAUGAUUUUCUUUAGGAAUUUCAGAGGAGAAGCCCCGUGUAGCUCAGUUGGUAGAGCAUGGUGCUUGCAACGCCAGGGUUGUGGGUUUGUUUCCCACAGGGGGCCAGUAUGAAAAAUGUAUGCACUCACUAACUGUAAGUCGCUCUGGAUAAGAGCGUCUGCUAAAUGACUAAAAUGUAAAAGUUGUAAAAAAUAUAAAUAGUAAAGUACUGAUAUCCCCAAAAACUACUUUAAAGUAGUAUUUUAAAGUAUUUUUACUUAAGUACUUUACACCACUGCAAGGAUGCACUUUCAUGCUAGGUUUAGGACCUCAUAUUGAAGCUUAUAGAGACCCCAACAAUCUUAAAAUGAUCUACUUUAGUUUUGAUACACAAUAAAUUCAUUUGACUUAGUGAAAAUCCGUUUUUUGGACCUAACUUGCUUACCACUUUUUCCAUGUGAUUUCUUCCUUCACAGGCUCCAUGAAAUUACCUCUUCCUAAAUAUUUGGUGAAAUUAUUAAUUUUGUGUAUGGUUUCCUAUUAACAAGAGUGGCUCAAUGUAUCCCUUUAGCUCAACUUACCCCACUCUCCCCUACAGUAAGCUUACCCACCAUAAUAAUAUGGUGGUAAUAAUAAUAUUAAUAUUAUUUUAUUUAACUAGGCAAGUCAGUUAAGAACAAAUUCUUAUUUACAAUGACAGCCUGCCAAAAGGCAAAAAGGCCUCCUGCGGGGACGGUGGCUGGGAUUAAAAAUAAAAAUAUAGGACAAUACACACAUCACGACAAGAGAGACACCAGAACAUUACAUAAAGAGAGACCUAAGACAACAACAUAGCAUGGCAGCAACACAUGACAACACAGCAUGGUAGCAACACCACAUGACAACAACAUUGUAGCAACAACAUGGCAGCAGCACAAAACAUGGUACAAACAUUAAUAUGCAGGGCACCCUUGUAACAAUCUGUAUUACAUAUAAAAGUAAUUCCACCCACAAGCCUAGAAACAUUCAUAUUUGCUUCCCCCAAAGGGUUCAAAUAAUCUUGGUCAAGUCAGCUAUUUUUAGUGCACCUCCAAAAGUCAAGGUGUAAUUUGAACCCUGUUCCGCUCACACUUGCAGCAUCAAGUUGUAUUGGUGGAUAAAAAAUGCUUGACACUGGCUAAAUGUAGCUAUGUACUGCAUGAUUCAUAGAAACAAUCAUGCACAGCCAAAAAAACAUCCCAAGUUCAAAAUUAAGUAAAAAACUUCACUGCCCUAGUGGAAAGUCUGUACGGCUGUGUGAUGUUGUAUAACUGUGGUGUGCUUGUUUACCGUACAUGUGAAGUGCAGUGUAUGUUCAUAUUUGUGCAUGGGUCUACCAUUAAGGGAUACAUGUGGUCCUCUGUAGCUCAGCUGGUAGAGCACGGCGCUUGUAACGCCAAGGUAGUGGGUUCGAUCCCCGGGACCACCCAUACACAAAAAAUUUAUGCACGCAUGACUGUAAGUCGCUUUGGAUAAAAGCGUCUGCUAAAUGGCAUAUUAUUAUUAUAUUAUUAUUAAAUGAGUCCCUUUUCUGUAGUGUAAAUUGGUGGGGAAAAAACACAUUUUAUUUCACCUAAUUUUUAUAUUCUGUCAUGACGAGCACAUGCUCAACUUAAUAAAAAAAAGGUUUUCCCAUCUCAAGAGAUACAAUUUAAAAAAUGACUAUAGUAAGUGCCUAUUAUGUGCCAAAUAAAGUAACAGGGUUGACUUUAAAUUAGCCAUAAAUCCCCUUGUGACAGGGGAAUGGAAGCUUCCCAGCUAGCACAUUUGGUUCCUUGGAAGUUGUGGGAACGUAUGUUUUUGGUUUUCCAUUGGUUCUGGGAACGAAGCAAUACGUUUCCUGACCGGUAAAACUGAGAAGAAAAAAUAUAGACGUUCUGAGGACGCAAGUGAAAAUCUGCUGUUCUGGGAAAGUAUUACUUUUAAUAAUACUGCUAGCUUAGUUUGGGUUAACUGUUUUGAACUCCAAGCACAGAUAGGACACAUGGAAAUUAAUUUGCUUUGGCAUUAAUCAUGCAAACAUUUAUUUUUUGUGUUCUCUUUCCUUGGAAUUAGUCCACUGCGCCACCAGGAUGGAGCUAGCGUGCCAUGUUUUUUAAACUCAUACAAAGCUGUUCAUUUUAGUCUAUUCAAACAGGCCCCUUUUCAAAGGAAAAAAAGCACUCAUUAGGAUCAGGUGUGGCCAACUGACCUGAACACACUUACCAACAUAAAGUUCAAGAGAUGUGUUGAAGCUGAGAACGGAAUAUAGGUUUUUAAAUAACAUUCUUAGAAUGUUCUUUGAACGUUACCAAUGUUUUCUAGUGUUUUUUUAUGGAAGUUUCUCAGCACAUUACUUUAAAUAGAACCAUGAGGAAACCUGUAGGAAACCUUAUGCUAAAGUAAUGAAAUUCCCACAGAAGAACGUUGUUUCUUAACGUUCUUGGAACAAUUUGAGAACACUACUUUAAAUAGAACCAUGAGGAAAUCUGUAGUAAACGUUAUGCUGAAGUACUGAAAUUCACACCUACAGUGCAUUCGGAAAGUAUUCAGACCCCUUCAUUUUUCAAAAUGUUGUUACAUUACACCCUUAUUCUAAAAUUGAUGAAAUUAUAUAUUUCUCAUCAAUCUACACACAGUACCUCAUAAAAAACAGAAAUAUCUCAUUUACAUAAUUAUUCAGACCCUUUACUCAGUACUUUGUUGAAGCACCUUUGGCAGUGAUUACAGCCUUGAGUCUUCUUGGGUAUGACGCUACAAGCUUGGCACACCUGUAUUUGGGGAGUUUCUCCCAUUCUUCUCUGCAGAUCCUCUCAAGCUCUGUCAGGUUGGAUGGGGAGCGUCUCUGCACAGCUAUUUUCAGGUCUCUCCAGAGAUGUUCGAUAGGGUUCAAGUCCCUCCAGAUAUGUUAGAUCGGGUUCAAGUCCGGGCUCUGGCUGGGCCACACAAGGACAUUCAGAGACUUGUCCCGAAGCCACUCCUGCGUUGUCUCAGCUGUGUGCUUAGGGUUUUUGUCCUGUUGGAAGGUGAACCUUCACCCCAGGUCCUGAAUGCUCUGGAGCAGGUUUUCAUCAAGGAUCUCUCUGUACUUUGCUCCGUUCAUCUUUGCCUCGAUCCUGAAUAGUCUCCCAGUCCCUGCCGCUGAAAAACAUUCCCACAGCAUGAUGCUGCCACCACCAUGCUUCACCGUAAGGAUGGUGCCAGGUUUCCUCCAGACGUGACACUUGGCAUUCAGGCCAAAGUGUUCAAUCUUGGUUUCAUCAGACCAGAGAAUCUUGUUUCUCAUGGUCUGAGAGUCCUUUAGGUGCCUUUUGGCAAACCUCAAGCGGGCUGUCAUGUGCCUUUUACUGAGGAGUGGCUUCCGUCUGGACACUCUACCAUGAAGGCCUGAUUGGUGGAGUGUUGCAGAGAUGGUUGUCCUUCUUGAAAGUUUUCCCAUCUCCACAGAGGAACUCUGGAGCUCUGUCAGAGUGACCAUCAGGUUCUUCUGACCAAGGCCCUUCUCCCCCGAUGGCUCAGUUUGGCCGGGCGGCCAGCUCUAGGAAGAGUCUUGGUGGUUCCAAACUUCUUCCAUUUAAGAAUGAUGGAGGCCACUGUGUUCUUGAGAACCUUCAUCCCUGCAUUUUUUGGUACCCUUCCCCAGAUCUGUGCCUCGACUCAAUCCUGUCUUGGAGCUCUACAGACAAUUCCUUCGACCUCAUGGCUUGGUUUUUGCUCUGACAUGCACUGUCAACUGUGGGACCUUAUAUAGACAGGUGUGUCUUUCCAAAUCAUGUCCAAUCAAUUUAAUUUACUACAGGUGGACUCCAAGUUGUAGAACAUUUCAAGGAUGAUCAAUGGAAACAGGAUACACCUGAGCUCAAUUUCGAGCCUCAUACCAAAAGGUCUGAGUACUUAGGUAAAUAAGGUAUUUCAGUUUAAUGUUUUAUACAUUUGCAAAAAUUUAUAAAAACCUGUUUUCACUUUGUCAUUAUGGGGUGUUGUGUGUAGAUUGAGGAAUUGUUUUUAUUUUAUCCAUUUUAGAAUAAGGCUGUAACGUAACAAAAUGUGGAAAAAGUCAAGGGGUCUGAAUACUUUCUGAGUGCACUGUAAGAAACAUAUGGUUCUCAGAACAUAAUGUGCUAGGCUAGCUGGAUUGUUUUGUGCAACAGGGAGGGGCAACUGAAUGGGAAUCUAUGGGUUUCUUAGAGCUUGGGAGGGGCAACUGUCUAUCUAUGGGUAACAGGGUUGACGUGUUAUGCUCGACCCACUCAGUUUUACACCACAAAACACCAGAAAAUUGCCAAAAAGAGUAGAAACAGCUCACCUGCUUUUACACAAUGAUUUGACAAUUAGAUGUUAAAUGUUUCAUUUAAUUUAUUUUAAAAAUAUAUAUUAAAACAAGAGUUUUUAGGGUUAAGUGGGUUCAAAUCUUCCGAGAAGUCACAGUGCACAGAGGGACUGUCACAACUUCUGCCGAGGCUGCCACCCCUCCUUGUUCGGGCAGGCUUCGGCGUUCGUCGUCACCGGUUACUAGCCACUGCCGCUCCAUAUAUCAUCAUUCCAUUUGUCUUGUCUUGUCAAUUAGUCUGUGUAGAAGUGUUCCCUCUGCCCCCUUGUCCUUGUGGGUGAUUGUUUUAUGUGAGUUGAGUGUAGCUCGGUGGAGCUACUCGUUCCUUGUAUUGCUGGGGUAGAUUGUUCCCCUGUGCCUGUAUUUUGUUGUCGUGUGGUGUCGAGAAAACGUUGCUAAUUAUGCUUUGAGACCAAGGAAAUCCGCUGACGCUGUACUUUGAUUAUAAAGGUUUAUUAUAUCAGAGUAUUUCAGCGUCAAUUUACAGAUAUCUGAAGACAUCUGGAGAAUAACCGGACCCCAAUCUGUAAUAUGUUAUUCUGUCCUCCUUUGUUUUAACCAAGUAUUUAUAUCCUAUGCCCUAUGUAACAUAAUAUGGCUGUUUUCCCAUACAGACCAAUCCCAGGAGGCCACCUAACAGACUUCCUCGGCUUUAGGGUGCCCCUAUAGAACUACUCCCCAGAUGCUCCUUUUAAGCUUAGUCAACAUCCUCUAAAACCAUUUGAAACCAUUAGCAAAGUCAUAAAUUCCUCAGAUACCACAUAUUCCCCCCUUCGAGACGAAUUAAGUCUCGAAAACAAAAAGAAUAGGUUUAUGACUAAUAAAAAAAAAUCUCUUAUUGAGUAACUUUUACAAUAAACCAAAAACACAUUUUUCUAUGGAGUGUAAAUACAUUUCUAUGAAAUAUGAACAAAUCUUUAUGGAGUGUGAGAGCGAAAAACCAGUCUGGCAGCUUUCUUUCCAAAUAUCCAUCAAUCAAUCAAGACAGUAAAAUUCUCUCACAGCCCCUCUGCCCCAGGCAACCACUUAAGUACUCCAGAUCAAUUCUUACAUCUUUAUCAAUGCAUUUUAAACUAUGAUGCAAUUUAAAUACACAUGAAAGCCUCAGCAAACAAAAUACAAUCAAAUCUGUCCACAUUCAGGCUGGUCAACCCAUCGGACCCUCCUGUGGAUUCUCUCUAUCCCUGCCUAGACCCAAUAUCCCUAAGCAUCCACAAAAUAAACAAAAACAUCUGGGAUCCCCACAUGUACCCAAUAACAGCAAACAUAAUUCUUCAAAAAUUAAUACAAAAAUAAUAUGACACAAAUUAUGUAUUACACAUACAAAUAUGUCUAUAUAUCAUUGCAGAUACUGGAAUGUAGUCCACUACACUUCAUCUCCUCAGCAGUGUCGACUUCAAAUUCAUCGUCGAUGAUGGAAUCUGAACAUCUCCACACCUUCCUUGUUCCACUUCCUCCAGUCCCUUCAUAUUGUCCCUUCAUAUUGUCCUUGUUUGAGUAUUUGAAUCCCCUCUACACAUUCCCCCAUAUGCUUCUGGAAGAAAAGAAAAGACCAAACAGUAUCUUUUGCAAAACAACACAUUCAAAUUAAAACAUCAAUAUCAACUAAAAAUAAUAUAUAAAAUAAUAUAUAAAAUGAAUCACAUACCAUUUACCCCAUACCAUUUCCCCCACUUCUUUAUCCAGAUAAUCAUCUGUGUUUAUCUUCAUAAUUGCUCCUUGUGGUCAAAAAUUAUUCAACAUAAGCUGAGUUGAACUUUCUUCAGUUGAAGACUCAACCAUUCCUCUGAGUUCAAUUCGGCAGCAUUCUUGAAAUACUUCAGCUGAGUUGAAAUGGAUAUUCCAGAAGCCUCGCAUCUGGCAUUUUUUCCCCUUAAAUUUCUUCCAUAUCUUAGCCUGCUUCAAAAAAUCUUCACUGAGAUUUCCAAUCCAGAAUACUGAAGACGAAUCCAUUUCUGUCAUCAUCAACAAUUGGUAAACCUUCUCCUUUGGCACUUCUACCAGACAGCCGUCUGGUGUACAUAUUAUUGUACAGUUCAAUUUCCACAAUGCAUCUCUUCCCAACAAUGCAAUAGGUAUAUGUUCUGAUACCAGUAUGGGUAUUUUAAUUUUCUCAUUUUCAUAGCAGAGCUCAAUUGGUUCCUUAAGAGUAAUCAACUGUUUUACUCCCUCAAAUCCCUAUCCUAAUUAGUUGAUUUGACAUAGUGAGAUGUGUAACCUCUUCAGGCUGAACACAGAUAAACCUUUCCACUAUCCAUCAUCACUUCCCAUAGUCCAUUGUUUAUUUUCACUUCAAUUGUUGGAUCUUUUUUCCUAACUGGUGCUACCAGCUGACACCCCCUUUCGGAUCUUCUAGGCACCCCUAGAAUCCUUGCUCCUUGUCCCUAUAAGGGUUCACCUGUCCUCCAGAUGAUCUUCACUUGCUCCUGUAUCUUCCUCUGAAAUUCUCUCUUGUGUUUCCUUCUGGCCCAUUACACUCACAGCAAAGUCACCAACCUGUCCACAAUCAUAACACACUUCUUAAGAUUGCUGGAAGUAUGGCUUAAAUCUCCCUCCUCUUCCUCUUUCUAAGCCUUUUCAUCCUCUUCCUCUCCAAUUCUUUCAGUCAAGAAACUAUCUAUGGAUAUGAAACAACUUGUACCACUAGUUGUGGCUGGUACAAUUGCAUUUGACCUUGUUCAGUUGAAGCCGUGGCAGUGAUUGUUGAUUUGGUUCACACUGAUUCUUCAUAACCAAAGCUUUUCUUCUCCUUCUUAUUCUCCCCCCGUUGUAUUUCAUCAAGUUUUCUGAGAGUUUCUUGGUCCUGUUCUUUCUAGUUGUUGACAUAUCGGUAUUCUUCAAAGGCUUAUAUUCUAAGUUCUGUCCUCGAAUGAUCACUGGCAUCAUCUUCUUACUUGUGCUCUCUUUCCUUUCCUCAAUGUAUUAUUCUUCUCCUCCAAUUCUUGGGAUCCUUUUCUCAGCAGUUUUUUCUUUUCUGUAUCUUCAGCUUCUUGAGUUGUUCUUCCAGUUCUCGUUGUCUCUUCUAAAUUAUUCCCCUUAUCCAGGCAUAAUACGCAUCAGUCUAUAUCUCUUUCUAUUUCUUCUUUACUAAUCAUUGUAGGAUAAAAUCCUCUUGAACAUAAAGCACCUUUAAUCUCCAAAUCUUCAUUGCUUUCUCCAUCUUCACUUUCCUCAGAGAUCGAAUCUCUAGUAUCCUUCUUCUUCCUCCAACUUCCUUCUAAUCACAGAGUCAUAUCCACCCAUGAUCUCUUCUCAAUCACUCUGAUCAUCAUCAUCUUCUUCAUCUUCAAGUUCCAUCUUCCUUAACCUCACUCCACCCUUAGUUUCCAGACAUAUUGUUUUCUUCUUACUUUUGGAGUUUUGGAUUCAUCUUUAUGGUCGUUUCUGCUUCUCCUCUCUCUAUUAUUCAAUCACUUUCAUCAUGUUGAUGAUGUCAGGGUUAAAAGUCCCUUCCACUAGCCAUGGUUGUUCAAUGUCAUGCCAACGUUUAUUCCCUUUUCCAGAUAACCUUGCAAUACCAUUAACUAAAGGAUUACUAUUUUGUACUACAUCAACAGGAGUAAUUACUUUCAUCGUUUUUAUGUCCUUUUUCCCCCUUGUAACAACUCUUUUAUAUUCCUUUAUUGUAAAUUAUUUCAUUAUUUUAGACUAUAUAGCCUAUAGUUCCCUCUUUUUUUCCUUCCCCAAACUAAUUAAUUAAUCAAUUAAUUUAUUCAUUUAUUCAUCAAUUUACUUAUUUAUUCAUUUUAUUUUAUUUUACCAAAUUAUUGAUUAGUGGCAAUCUUACCACAUCCAAUCAGGAAAGUAAAUGAAAGUAGUCACCUUAGAGCAACCCAAAAAAUAAAGACCUAUAAUCCUGCAACACUACAGUACUCACAAACCCCUUGCUUAAUAAGCACCCAAUUACCUUAGUUUUACAGAAUAAUGUCAGUACUCGAUUUCCCCUCAUCUCUAAUCAAACCCACUCAUGCACAAAAACUCAAAUGCAAUUCUUAAUUACAUCCAUUGAUCAGUCUGUUGCCAAGGUUUUGUCAAAUUGUCAUAACAUCAAAUAUGCUAGGCAACCAAAAUAUCCUCUAUGGGAAGGUACGUUUUGUAAAUAGAACAGUACUGGCCUUGAUUUGACUUGAUCCUGUUGCAGCACAUUCUGUCGCAUCCUCCUCCUUCUCGUCUCUCAUAUGACAAAAGAACAAAGAAACAGACAAUAAUUUAGUAGUUUAUGCACUCACUGAGUUAUUUCAACCAUUCAAUAUUCCUCUAGUCAUACUCGCUCUGAGAAAUAAGCAAACAACUUAACUCAAGAAUAGUAUAAAUAGCUCAAUAACAUUUUAUUUUAUUUAUUUUUAAUCCGUCAACAUCUCUCUCUCAUUUAUCAAUUCAAUAGAUCUCAAAUAGUUUCAUCGUUAACCAAAAGCCUAUUUAACAAAAAGAACAUUCCAUUCGUGUUCAAAUCCCCCACUCCUCUCUGUCUGCUCUGCUCUGAGUCUGCGUCUCCCAGCAACUCAGUGCAGGCAGAGGAGUGGCACAUUUGCUCUUACGUAACUCUAAAGUCAUAAAAUCACACGCAUGCGUAGUACAUUCACCAGUGCGAUUUCAGAGUGGAGAGGGCUCUCUCCCAGCUCUCUCCCAGCCUAAACAACAGAAAGUAGACAGUCCCGCUGUACUUCCUCUCUUUUACCCCCCCAUAGACAAACAGUAACACUUUAACAGAGCUCACAAACCAACAUAAAACAUUGAACACAAAUCCUACUUUCUUCUACACACAUACACAUACAUACAUACAGUUUAAGAGGCUUAUCCCAUUCCUAUGGACCCCUAAGGCAGUAUGCUACCUCCAUUGCGCCGUAUAAUUCCAUUGUUCCUAAAUUUCUGCUACCACGAGUUCCGCGGACAUCCGAUGAGCGGUCACAUCAAUCAUAUAAUUCGUCAACCAUACGUUGAGCGGUAACUUGCAACCGAAUAUAUAUAUAUAUAUAUAUAUAUAUAUAUAUAUAUAUAUAUACCACAACCUCAAGCCCCCUAGGACUUACCUAAAUACACCUGACGUGCUUUUAGGAUUUUCGGCCCAUCCUAAUGAUCGCCUCCUUAGAGGGCUUCCAUAGAUUCGCAAUGGCCUAAUUUGUAUACAUUUACCUUAGUUCCUGGCCUUAUUCCUUCAUUGUAUUCUUUUUGAAUUUUAUUCAAGCAAAAUAUCCCUAUAGACACUCCCCCCUUUUUGCGUUGCUUUCAACGCAAACAAAUUUAGAACAGACUCCUAUCCCACAGCAAAUAACAGCAAAGCACACACGCAAGUUCUUAACGGUGCAUUCAUUCAACGCACACACACAGACACACGAACUGACCAGUGCCCAAAGUAGUGAGAAAACUCACCCUUAUCUGCCGGACUCUGGAGCGAAAGUCAGCUCGGCGCCCAUGAAUGGAACGCUGGGAAAAGAUGCAACACGACCAAAUACCUCGUCGCCAUUUUGUGGUGUCGAGAAAACGUUGCUAAUUAUGCUGUGAGACCAAGGAAAUCCGCUGACACUGUACUUUGAUUAUAAAGGUUUAUUAUAUCAGAGUAUUUCAGCGUCAAUUUACAGAUAUCUGCAGACAUCUGGAGAAUAACCGGACCCCAAUCUGUAAUAUGUUAUUCUGUCCUCCUUUGUUUUAACCAAGUAUUUAUAUCCUAUGCCCUAUGUAACAUAAUAUGGGUGUUUUCCUAUACAGACCAAUCCCAGGAGGCCACCUAACAGACUUCCUCGGCUUUAGGGUGCCCCUAUAGAACUACUCCCCAGAUGCUCCCUUUAAGCUUUGUCAACAUCCUCUAAAACCAUUUGAAACCAUUAGCAAAGUCAUAAAUUCCUCAGAUACCACAGUCGCUAUCCAGCGCUAUCCAACUGUGUACGACGGAAUAAACUCUGUAUUCGGUGAUUUACCCCCCUGCGCCUGACUCCUUCUAAUCACACUCAUCACAGGGACAUACAUUUUGGCAAUUAAGCAUGUCAUUAUUCAUAUACAAAUCUGAUUUAUUGAAUUUUCCAUGUGGUCUAUAUUAAAGGGCACUUCAUUUAUUAUAGCAGGCUUUUAAAAUCCAAUAUUGGUGCACAAUAUCUACUUAAAAUAUCAUUUCGUGGAACGACCCGCAUUAGAGAAUGAUAUACUGUAUAUAUUUUCUGACAUUUAUCCAUUCCCUCUCCAGAAUAUGACUCUGCACUGCCACCAUUGUGCCCUGGUGACCAGCUCCAGCCACGUGCUGGGUAGCAGGGCCGGACCGGAAAUCGACCGCACCCAGUGCGUGAUCCGCAUGAACGACGCCCCCACCACAGGGUUCGAGCGUGACGUGGGCAACCGGACCACUCUCAGAGUGGUGGCCCACUCCAGCGUGUUCAGGGUGGUCAGGCGGCCCACCGAGUUUCUCAACCGCACGGAUCAUAGAGCAAACUCUACAGUCAUAUUCUGGGGACCGCCCACCAAGAUUGGUAGAGAGGCUAAAGGAACGCUGUACCGUCUGAUCCAGAGAGUGAGCAUGACCUACAGUAACCUGUCCAGCUUCACAAUCACGCCCAGCAAGAUGCACAAGUUUGAUACGCUCUUUCAGAAAGAGACGGGGCGAGACAGGUGGGUAACAGGGAUGAAGGUGGGAAUGGGGACAGAACAAUGGUGAUAAUGCUACAUUAAUUCAAUUCAGUUUAAAAUCAUGAAAUUCCAAUUCAAAAUGGAAUUCAGCUUAAAUAAUGAAUGCAAAUUCUAAUUACAUUUCUUAGUGAUGAUGAUCACAAUAUGGGGAUUUUCCUGGAAUCUAAUGAAAGAAAUGCCCCUAUCAAGAAAUACAAAUGCUCUUAUUAAUUACAUUUUUUUUCCUCAAACAUUUUAUCCUACGGUUUCCUUCCAAAGAGCGAAGUCUCAGUCCUGGUUGAGCACCGGUUGGUUCACCAUGGUGAUCGCUAUAGAGAUGUGUGACAAUAUUAAAGUGUACGGGAUGGUUCCACCCAGUCACUGUGGGUGAGUAUGAACAAGGUUAAACAAUGAUAAAUCACUAAUAGCAAUCUAUCAAGCACUUAAAUCAAGCUAUUACAUUGUGUAAUCAUAAAUUUGUUCAGUGAGCAAAUAGUUAAUCUAUAAUACUGAUUAUUAUGAAACUAUUGUCUGCAAUUGACAGGAUUGCUUGUACGCAAUGUAACAUUAUGUAUUAUGAUUGUGUUUCAAUGAAAGAAGCAUGACGAAGACUUUUGGGUUGAAACGUUGCACUAUAAAACAGCGAGGGGAGCAUUCGACAAUGUGCGGGUAUCUAUCUUUCUUGUCUACGAAGGAGCCAUAGUUAUUGCUACCCAUUAUGUAUGCUGGUUGUCUUGCAGCACAUUGUCAAUGCAAUCAUUUGUUACGCCCCUUCUCCCAGAAAAAAGCCCCAGCCCAAGAAGAUGCCCUACCACUACUACAAGCCCAGGGGCCCAGAAGAGUGUGUCACCUACCUGCAGAACGAGAAGGGCCGAAAGGGGCCCCACCAUCGGUUCAUCACGGAGAAGCAGGUGUUUGCACAUUGGGCCAAGAAGUAUAAUAUCACCUUCACUCACCCCAUA